AGUGUGAAAUCGUCGCGCUUUCUGUAUUUAUCGAGAAAAAACGGUUUUUCAGCAUUUUUCGUGACUUGUGCUCUGCUGGAACGGUGUGAAUUGUAGUUAAAGACGUCCCGGUGCAAGCAGAGAGCAGAAAUAGACCAAGUAAAACCCUCAAAAACCCCAUCGGCGAGUGCGACCGUUUGUGCGUGCGUGUGUGUCGUCGAAUAAAUUUGCGCGCCGCGGCAGGAUUUGCGGCGGUGGUUGCAGCUUCUUCGGCUUGUCGAGUUAAAGCGCGGGGCAAGAACAAGCAAACGGAGAAAAGCGAAUAACCCGGAAUAAUACCAUCAUGUUCUCGAAGAAAAGAGAUCUCGAUCGGCAUAUUAGAACUACGGUCUGCAAGUUGUCAGAAUAUGAGCGCUGCAACAGGGGAUUGACCAUAGCGCGGCAGUACUUCAGAAUGAACGAGUACGGUACUGCAGAGCACUGGGUGUCAUGCUUCCUUUCGCUGGAUGGAAAAAAUGCCCAGGCGUACAAGUUGCUCGGUCAGUGUUAUGAGAAACAGGGUCGGAUUGAACGCGCCCUCACCCAGUACCAGCGCUCGUUGGAGAUCGAGCCUAAUCAAUCCGCCCUGAUCACGGAUUCGUGCCGGCUGCUGCUGAUGGACGAAAAUUGGACUAAGAACCUCUCAAUGGCCAAAUACUGGUGCGAUUUGGCGGAAACGCAGCGCAUCAACCACGAGGCGGUGCUGAACCUAAAGCUGAAAAUCGCCAGCAAAGAAGCCAACAGCGAUCAGCAGCAGGUGAAGGAUAUUAUUGUGCGAGAAAUAUUAGCCCGGCCGCACGAUCCCGCGCUGCGCGUUCGGUUGGUGGAGUACUUUCUCGAAGAAAAACAGCUGGAGGAAGCGUUCCGCUAUUGUUUCGAGUUGGAGAUGAAGUUCUCCGAAACUUUUCUCAUGUCGAUCGAUUGGACGAACGUUAUGGAUCGUAUGCUGAGCAAGUACGCUGGAGACACCUCGAGUCAGAAGCAGCCUUCCUGGCACUAUUAUCUCCUGCAAGCCAUCGUACUCGAUCGCCAGAUUUAUCUAAGUCUACUCUCCGACUCUACCAUGGAGACGAUCAAGCGAAGCAACAUGAAGGAGAUAGCGUCCAAGCUGUACGAGCUCGAUCAGCUGCUGCGUCUCGUGGCGGAGAAGGGCAAGAAUGCGUCUCCCCAUAAGCAGCUGGCGGAUGAGUAUCUGAGACACUAUCGCGGCCAGCUGCUGCUGCACUCGGCCUCGUUGCUGUUCAAGGGUUCUGCGGAUCAAGGUUCCUCUCGGGUGGCUAGGGGUCGUGAGAUGACAAAGAGAUGCCUCGCAUUGUUAUUGCUCGCUUAUCAGUGCGGCGUGCCAAAGACGGAUGCCGCGUGGCUGAAACAGAGCAAUGAAUCGUCCCGCCAGGUGAUGACUUUCUGGAGUAAACAGGCCGCAUUCCGAUGCUGCCAGGCCGGCAGUACCGUGCUGUCGUGUAUCGAUAACAACAGCUUGGACGUUUCGGUGCUGGCUGAGAUCCAAAAUGUUACGGAAUCGAAGGUCUGGACGACGGCCGAUAAUCUUCUCGAUCAGGUACGGCAACUGUGCACCGAUCCUGACUGGCGGAAAGACGUGUUCCGUACGCUCUACCCAUCUGGUGAUUCCUCGACGAAGGCAGCUACAUCGUACUUCGUACAAGAGCAGCACACACUUAGCGCUCCGCAGUACGCACUACCGAAGCAUGAGCAUCUCGAGGUAUACCUGGAGCUAGCACAAUCCUUAUUCCCCUCCUCACUACCUUACCUGGUGUAUCUGGGCUUGGCGAUGGGAAUUGAUAAAUUGGCCGACUUGCGCUGCCGUGCGUUUCCUCGGUUGAACUUCUCCACCAACAAUCUGGACAACUGUAAUCUGGAAACGUUGAACCAGCUCGAUAUGGAUUCUUUCCUCUAUUGUUCGAUUCUGGUGGCGCACAGUAACCUACUGGAAGGCGAACGACAGCAUUACCGGGCUGCGAUAGUGGGCACCGAAGGUCGUCCGGCCUUUCUUCCAGCUCCCAAUUUGCUUCCUCUACUGUGCGAGGAGAACAAGGUGGAAUGGUGGAGCGCGGCGUACCAUCUCAUACGCAGCAGUACGGCCAAAGAGGCGGCGACUACCGUAGCGGAGCAGAAACAGCUGUUACAGCACGGUCUGCAGGCAAUUCGUGGAACCGGUGCUCCGCUCUGUGACGUAAUGGUGCUGCUAAAACUGGGCCAAAUUCUAGCCAAGCGGUCCAUCUCAGGCUCGGCCCCACCGGAAGAGCGUCGCCAGACGGAAUGUCGCGCUGAGACGGUCUAUCGGAGUGCGGUUCUGCUCUGGAAGCACCGCAAUGAAUCUGGAGUCGCUGCAUCCUCGUCCGGAUCAAUGUUCUUCCAAUACGGCAUCGAAUCAUACGAUUGCCAGCAAGAAACGGUGAAACUCACCGAGGCUGGCAUUACGUUUUUGGCCGGAGUGUAUUUCAAGCAUGGACGUCUUCUGGAGUUUACGCAAGACUUUGCCGGCAUCCCGCUACCGUACGCUGCGUUCUUCCGUGCGGAAGCCUUCAAGAAGCUUGACGAAUCAAACAAAACACCCAUGAAGGGAACCGGGAAAAAGUUGUAUGCGGAAAAGGCUCGCGAGUGCAUCCGGUUGACGCAGCAGUAUCUCACUCUUCCCUACAUCGAACGUAAUCAUACACUCAAAUAUGUUGUGCAGGGUGAACUGAAACGGAUGUCGUUCGGCGGUAACGAUUCGUUCGACGCAACGCUCAACGCUUCGGCUAAUGGAGGUGAUGAAAGCGAUCUUUUCCAAUCGUUCACCUCAACCGCUGCAGGCAGUGUAGGUGGGCUGCGUUCGGAGCGCGAAACGACCGCAGCGGUGGCGACAGCUGCUGCCAACGUGUGCCUCUCGAAGACAAACGAACUGGAAUCGCUGAUCCGGCAGAUGAUGGAAACGCUCACGUUCGUGAAGGAGGACGUACUGGGCAUUCGCAAUGACGUCGGUGAUAUGCAGGAUCGGCUGGUAAAAAUCGAGGAAAACAUCUAUCGCAAACCGUUAGAGGACACUCCGAAGCAGAGCAGUUCUUCGAAUGGUGGUGCUGCAAGGUCAACUACUACUGAUGGCGAUCAGCAGCAGCAGCAGACCCAGCAAGCGGCAGUUAACGCGGCCUCAGCAGCCGCUGCCUGGCAAGCGAUGAAUGAAAUAUAUCUAAUGGAUGAAUUCCAGAAUUCGGCUGCCGCUGCGAAUGCAGCUUAUCAUCAGCAGGUGCAUGCCAGUGGUGGUCGCGCACCAGCAGGCAUCGGUCUUCCACCACCGCCAGUUCUACCCUAUGGUGCACUGUAUGGAGCGGGAGCCGGGGCUUAUGCUGGCUAUCUCUCACCAGCAGUUCAACAGUCACAGCAGCAACAACAGAUGCUUACGCCGCGUGGUCACACUGGCUUAGCAGGACCAGCAGGGCUAGGAGUAUCACCUCUCCAUACCUACCAACAUCCGGAUCAGAACCAACAGCAAAUGCUGCUAGCAGCCAUGAACUCUCCGGUAGCUGUACCGGGUGUAUCCGGUGGUUACCAUCCGCUACCACCAACCUACCAACAACAGACACUACCGGUGGCUGUUCCGUCUACGACGGCCAUUCCACAGCCAUCAUCAGCGACGGCUAAGGGUACUCUUUCGCUGGAACAAUCGCUACAAACGCCUUCAGUGCUGAACAGCUGGAACAACACCUACCAUGGUGCGGCGGCCUUUAACAGUAUGCCACCGGUAGCGGCAGCUCCUCCGCCGCCACCAGCAACCGCCGUUCACCAUGUGCCUGCCGAUAAGGGUGCCGCUCCGGUGAACGUGGUCAUCACUAGUUCGGAUCCGCUACCGCCACGAGCCGGUGCUGCCCAUAACAGUACUUCGUUUGCUGCCGGUGCUUCUACUGUCGCCUCAACGCAACCCACUUACAGCGUGACAAUACCACCACAGCACAUAAAGCACAGCGCCACCGGUGGUAGCAUCGGUCAGGGUACUACGGCAGCUUCCACUCCUAAACUGGAAGCGAUCUCACCUGUCGUGGCUACGGGCAAAACACCCUUCCAACAGGCAGCAGCACCAGCAACCAGCAUAAAUAGCAUGAAACCAUCGACGUUGACAUCAACUACGACAGCCGGAAGCACCGUUUGCACUUCCUCUCCAUCGUUCUUCUCGAGUGCCAUUAACUCACCGACCGUGAAGGCUCUGUUGACAGGUGGUGGAGGCGUGGGCAAUGAUGGAGAUGACGGGGAUGAUGAUGAGGAUGAUGCGAAGAAUCUUUCCGGUACAGCUGAGUACGAUCCACGACCAGACUUCCAGCCGAUCAUCCCGCUACCGGAUGAAAUCGUCGUACGUACGGGCGAGGAAGAUGAGGAGCAGAUGUUCAGUGGACGUUCCAAGUUGCUCCGUUUAGUGGAUCGCGAAUGGAAGGAACGAGGAUUAGGCGAAUUGAAGAUUUUGCGCUCGAAGGCGGAUGCCAGCAAGUAUCGGAUCGUGAUGCGACGCGAGCAAAUACACAAGAUAUGCGCCAACCACUACAUCACACCGGAACUGAUCAUCAAACCGAUGGACAAACGGCCAGAAUGCUACAUCUGGGCCGCUAUGGACUUUGCGGACGAAGAGCCGCGCAAGGAGUCCUUCUGUGCUCGCUUCGGAACAGCCGAUCUGGCUAAACAGUUCUUCGAGGCGUUCAUUACAGCACGCGAUGCCGUUGCUAAACUGCGAGCAAACGAUCCAGUGUCCUCGUCGACGGCAUCGACCGCGGCACCACCACCGACAUCGGUCCCGACUAGUUUCUCUUUUGUUGCGUCGAAACCACCGGCACCAUCGAUCUCGGCUUCUACUGCUGCCUCAGCCACAACGAAAGCACCGUUCGGAGAGUUUACAUUUGCUAAGAACUACACACCACCAAAGGUGGCCACCGGUACGGAAUCCUCGACUGCACAAAGCAACCAAUCAGCGGCGGCUAGCAAACCGAGUCCGUUUGCAUCGUUCACCUUUAAAGCGCAGACUGCACCACCGGCCAAUACUAGCGAACAACCCGGUAGUACCGUAUUUGGUGGUGGUCCAGGAUUAGGAUUCGACGAGAAGGAUUACAAAUGCAUUUACAUCGUUCCAAUCGUUGGAUUGAAGUACAAAGAGCAACCACAAGCGAAGGAUUGGAGCGACUAUGGCAACGUUCCGGCAUCCGGGGCGACUUUACGACUGCUGAGCGGAACGGUGAACGGUGCACCGGUUGUUCGUGUGUUGAUUCGUAAACCGGGCCUGCUAGUGGCGGCCACCGUGUGUCUGAAUCAGAUUUUUGCCAAAGAUACUCGUGUCGGUGCCGUCGAGAAGACUGGUGCCAGUUGGACUGGAGCACAAGAUGGAGCGAUGGCGACGGCGACGACGGUGAAAGGGCAAACGUAUGCGGCGUACUUUAAAUCGACCGAAGAGCGGGACACAUUCCUUGCCGAGAUCAAGAAAGUGUUGCCAGGUGCGGUAACAGUAUCAGGUACAGCACCGGCUGGCCCGAAGACCGCUGCCACCAGCGGAUUCGGUGAUCUUUUCAAACCCAAAUCUGGCAGCUGGGACUGUACGGGAUGCUAUGUGAACAACAAGGCAGAAGCUACACACUGUCUGGCAUGCAAUGGACCACGAGAUCCAUCUGUAAAGGCGGCAGAUGCCACGAAACCGAAGGGCGGAUUAUUCGACAAUCUUGCGGUCACUGCUGGUAGUGGCAGCAAGUUUACCUUUGGAAUGCCCCCAUCCACUGGAUCAUCCGCACAAUCGACCAUCACCUUUGGUGUCGCUCCGGCUGAACCGGCCAAGGUAGCGGCUUCAGCUGCAGCUAAACCUGCAGCACCAGCAGCACCAGCAGCAGGUGCAGGAUUCGGAGACAAAUUCAAACCCAAACCCGGUGCAUGGACGUGCAAUGCGUGUUAUCUAUCGAACGGCGCCGACACGGUGUACUGUAUGAGCUGCGAAAGUCCGAAAGACGACACGGUUCCGAAGAAGUCUUCCGCUUCUUCUGCCACGGACUCGAUCGGUGGGUUGCUGAAGGCGGCCGAUACAAUGCCCAAGUUCAAUUUUACUGCGGGCGGUGGUUUUAGCUUCGGUGUACCGCCUCCGGCAUCAUCAACAGCUAGCACAGCAGGGGCCACGGCUGCCACAACCACGACGAGCACAGCAGCAUCCAGCCAACCAGCAGCAGCACCGGUCUUUGGAGGGGGCUUUAGCUUUGGUAGCCCUAUGAAGCCACCUGCCACUAUCGGUGAGCCAACUGCCACUACCGUCGGUGCGCCCUCGAAGCAAGUUUUCAAAUUUGAACUACCAAUACCGACCACCGGUGGACUCUCGUUUGGGUCGAAGCUUGCCCCAACUCAGCAACAGUCCCAGCAAGGAGAUGCAGCGAAGCCGUUGGAUGCAGCACCAGAAAAGACUUCGUUUGGAUUUGUGUUUAAACCAAAAUCGCCAGGACGCACACAUAACAACAGCACCGGUGGUGGAGCCGGCGAUGGCGGUGAUGAUGAUGCUGGUGGCGGUGCUGCUGACAGUAGCGUAACGGAGGAGGAGAACAAUACCUACUUUGCACCUGUAAUUCCACUACCGGAUAAGGUUGAGGUGAAGACGGGUGAAGAGGACGAGCAUGUCUUGUAUGCCCAUCGUGCCAAGCUGUACCGCUUUAUUAGUUCCGAGUGGAAGGAGCGCGGCAUCGGUGAUGUCAAGAUACUGAAGCAUAAAGAAACGGGAAAAAUGAGGGUUGUGAUGCGGCGUGAGCAAGUACUGAAAAUCUGUCUCAACCAUGCCCUAACCGAGGAGGUGUGCUACUCAAAGAAGGACGACAAAUCGUGGCAAUUCGUGGCGAAUGAUUUCUCCGAGGGUAGCUUUGAGUUGAUGAACUUUUGCUUGCGCUUCAAGUCGGCCGAUGUGGCGCAGGAGUUUCGCGAUGCGAUUACGGAUGCACUAAGUGGAAAGCUAACUCCUCAGGCGAGUGCGGCAACACCGACGGUCGCUACACAAUCCGAUUCGCGUGAUUCAACGAUCACGUCCACCACGUCCCCACAGGGAGAGUUUAAUUUCUCCAAGCUAAGCGAUGUUUCGCUAAACGAGCGCGAAACACUGGAGAAAUACAAACUGCCGGCCAAUUUCUUCGAUGCUCCAGCCACCGGACCUUGCACGGGCUGUCGGGGUUGUGAUCCGGAUGUGUUCGAGUUUCCCUCGUAUGAUUGUAAAUCUUUUGCUGAUCCCGGUUCCGAUGGUGGCAGCUUACCUCUCGACAUCAGUGCGGUACCAGCGCUGCCAGAACGUCGCUCGGCACCAUUGGCCACUACUACACCGAAGAAAGUAAGCUUCAGUGAGGUGAAGGCACCACUGCCGACCACCACUAAGCCACCGCUCUUCGGUGGUCUAACAUUUGGAGUGCCGUCCAGCACUAGUACGAACACCUCCAGCACUGCAACCAAUAGCUUCCUAGCGGCAGAACAGAAAUCUGCUUCCGCUUCAACCUUCCUGGCCUCCUCGGGGUCAAUAUUCGGAGGAGAUAAAACUGUUACUCCCGUUGCCGGUGGUGGGACCGGUGGUGGGUUGAUCUUUGGAAGCUCGCAAGGUGGAGGCAUCGGAUCCGGUGCGUCGGGAGGUUCCAUCUUUUCCGCCUCGUUAAACACCACCCCAAAGACAACUUUCGUUUCUCCACCGAGUAGUGCUACGGAGAGUGUGAGUGCGGUCACCACCGGUGCAACGACUACAACGGCAUCCAUCCUAAAACCACCCGCUCUUGCAACACCUUUGUUACAACAACCAUCGCUCACUACUACGCCGUCGGUGACCACUACUCCUAAGGCGAUCGAAGGAGGGAACCUGUUCGGUGGAUCGACGUUUGGAUCGGGUGGCAGCACAAAGAGCAUCUUUGGUAGUGGCGGUGUAACCACGACGACGCCCGGUGGCAACGUGACGGCAACUCCACCUUCGAAUCUGUUUGGAAGUGUAUCGUUCGGUGGUGCAAGUAGUAGCCCCAACUUCAGCUUCGGUGGAAUUAGCAAACUUGGAGGAUCACUAGCGACCACCACCACCACUACCCAACCAUCGGGACUAGGUUUGUUCGGUGGAGUUAGCGCUGGUAAACCAGUUGGCACAACACCCGCACCUGAUGCAGCACCCGUGCUUAAGAUGGAUAGUGACGUUAGCUUUGCCGAUCUAGCCAGCAGCAGUCCGAGCUUUGGCAAUUUCAAGAAGAUCGAUGGUGGCGGAGGCGAUGUCGCAAUACCUGGUAGCCAGCAGAAGGGCACUACCGGAUCGCCAGCUAGCGGUGGUUUUGUGGGUCUAACAGUGAAGGAAGACUUUUUCUCGCGCUCAGCGGCUAACAAAUUGAAUAGCAGUGGCGGCGAUGGUGCUGCGACUAACAACAACGGCAAAGCGGACGAGGAUGAAGGUGUCGGUGGAGACGAACAUUAUGAUCCCUACUAUGCACCAGUCAUACAGCUGCCGGACGAGAUCGAGGUGCGCACGGGCGAGGAGGAAGAAACGAAGGUGUUUGGUGAUCGUGCAAAACUAUUCCGAUACGAUUCCGAUACCAAGGAGUGGAAAGAACGCGGUGUUGGCGAGUUGAAGAUCCUUCAUCACCCGGUACGCAAUGCUUAUCGCAUGCUGCUGCGUCGUGAGCAGAUCUUUAAGCUAGUGCUCAAUCACGCCAUCACGACUGAUCUGGCCGUAACACCGAUGAACAACUCAGGCAAGGCGUUUGUCUGGGCCGCGAUGAACCAUGCCGAGGGACCCGCAGCGCUAGAGAAACUGGCCGUACGCUUCAAGAACGAAACGAUCGCUGCCGAGUUCCUGAAGGCACUGGAAAACUGCCAGGAGAAGCUGCGCACCCGGCCAGAUCUCGAACCGGAUCAGGAUUAAUAGUAAGCUGACAGACAUCCAGCAACAACGGACAGUGGGUUGAUGGUGCGCUCCCCGAUAUACAGUUAGUUAGUUGUUUGGAAUCCGAUUGAAAAAUACAUUCUCAGCAGAUACGCUCACACAACGCAAGCCGCGCCGCGCAAGAGAUGAUGCAGGAAAUAAUUUCGAAGUGGUUGAAGACAUGAAAGGAUAGAAGUAAAUGUUUAGAGAUAGACCAGUUGACAGUGCACUAGUUUUAGGAGUAAACAUCAUCAACAGGAAUCGGAGACUGCAAUGCUGCGUACCGCCAAGGGGUCCAGGUCGUUAUUUUGCAGAUAGUUAUAAAUAUGGAAAGAGCGAUAGAGUGAGGUCAUCGGAAUUAGAAUUACGGUUUCGUACGACGUCUCCUGCGAUGAAUUGUGCGAAAUUGUUUAGUGAAUAUGACCGCGUAUCAAAUAAAUGUUUCAUUCCCUAAA